GUUUCCUUUUUUUCCUCCAGCAGGAACAAUGGCAUCGGUAGCGAUUGAUCCACAGCCGAGUGUGGUGACCAGGGUGGCCAAUUUGCCCUUGGUGAGCUCUACCUAUGACCUGGUGUCCUCCGCUUAUGUCAGUACAAAGGACCAGCAUCCGUAUUUGAGAUCCGUGUGUGAGAUGGCAGAGAAAGGUGUGAAGACCGUGACCUCCGUGGCUGUGACGAGUGCGCUGCCCAUCAUCCAGAAGCUGGAGCCACAAAUUGCUGUUGCCAAUUCCUAUGCCUGCAAGGGGCUAGACAAGAUCGAGGAGAGACUGCCUAUUCUGAACCAGCCAACAACUGAGAUUGUUGCCAAUGCCAAAGGCGCUGUAGCUGGGGCGAAAGAUGCAGUAACGACUACUGUGGCGGGGGCCAAGGAUUCUGUAGCCAGCACUCUCACCGGGAUGGUAGAUAAGACCAAAGGAGCAGUUACUGGCAGUGUGGAGAGGACCAAGUCUGUGGUCAACGGCAGCAUCAACACAGUGUUGGGGAGUCGGGUGGUGCAGCUUGUGAGCAGUGGAGUAGAAAAUGCACUUGCCAAGUCAGAGCUGCUGGUAGACCAGUACCUCCCUCUCACUCAGGAGGAACUAGAGACAGAGGCAAAAAAGGUGGAAGGAUUUGAUGUGGUUCAGAAGCCCAGUUACUACGUAAGACUGGGGUCCCUGUCCACCAAGCUCCGCUCCCGGGCCUAUCAGCAGGCUCUCAGCAGGGUUAAAGAUGCCAAACAAAAGAGCCAGGAGACCAUUUCUCAACUCCACUCCACUGUCCAUCUGAUUGAAUUCGCCAGGAAAAACAUGCACAGUGCCAACCAGAAAAUCCACGACGCUCAGGAUAAGCUCUACGACUCGUGGGUGGAGUGGAAGAGAAGCAUCGGCUACGAUGACACUGAUGAGUCGCACUGUGCUGAGCACAUCGAGUCACAUACUCUGGCUAUCGCCCGCAACCUGACCCAGCAGCUCCAGACGACAUGCCAGACUCUCCUGUCCAACGUCCAAGGGCUACCACAGAAUGUCCAGGACCAGGCCAGCCACUUGGGGGUGAUGGCGGGUGAUAUCUAUUCAGUGUUCCGCAAUGCUGCCUCCUUUAAGGAAGUGUCUGAUGGCGUCCUCACUUCUAGCAAGGGGCAGCUGCAGAAAAUGAAGGAAUCCCUAGAUGAUGUGAUGGAUUACCUUGUUAACAACACGCCUCUCAACUGGCUGGUAGGUCCCUUUUAUCCUCAGUCUGCUGAGUCUCAGAGUGCAGAGGUGAACAAGACCAGCCUGGAGGUCCAGCAGCCCCAGCUCAGAACUCACUAAACCUGUCCUUGUCACCAGUGCACGCUGCAGCCACGUGACACCUUUUGCUAUUUUGAAAUUAACCCAAUAGGUGACUUUAGGUUGGAAAAGCAGCUAGUUCGUGCAGAGGUCCUCACUAUGGUCAUUAGCGGCCGAAUUAAGAGCUGUAAAGCGUUAGCACCUGAGUUCCUUUUCCCUGGCUGGCAAAUGGGAAUGUAUUAGGCACAUGAGACCUAGCCAGGUGUACUUACACAGUCUUGUCUGUGGCCUUUGUGCUAUCGGCUGUAAAUGUCUGUCUACUGAAUAAAGAUUCAUUCGUGUGGCUUCUGCUCUGACCUGACCUCUGCUCCUGUGUAUUCUGAGCAGGCUUCAUCUUUGUUCAUCUCAAGGCACAUGCUUGUGCAACUUGAAUUAGUUUUUUUUUUUAAUUCCCUAUGAAGAAAUGCCGCCUUUGGACUCAAUAAAAUUCAUAGCAGGAUGGA